UUCAUGCCAGUUAACAAAAUUGUUACGGCGUUCUUCAAUUAAAAUAUCGGGGUUAUUCAAAUUAUGAGAGAGGGGUGAGCUAGAGAAAAAAAGUUUGCGUUAAUCAGCGCCCAGCUCGGGACUUGAGAGAAAAGCAGCGGAAGAGCGAACGAUAUAGAAAAACCGCAGAAAAUCUGUUGUUUGUUUCUCUCACGUCACGUUGCGCGUGAACGAAUGUCAAUAAACAGAAAAAGGCUCGUAGUUGUGAAAAAGUUCAGAAAAGUUUCUUGCAAUAAUUUUGUUUAAAGAUUUUCUCUGAAUAUAAUAACGACGGCGCUACGAGGAUAGCGGUGGCGAAAUCACGCGCGUUUAAAUGCCGAUAAAAUGAAAUAAAAUGCACGCUGCGGACAUAGUGUGAAUAUUUUGACACAAACGUGCACGCGAGGCGACAGUAAACACAGGGUUUGCGUUAGAUGCAACUUUCCAUGUUUGCAGUGGCAUUUAAACGCGACAUUUAAUAAACACAUUGGGGUUUGGUUUUGUCACAGUUUCAAAAGUGAUGACUGCGUCGGAGACCCAGUCGGUGUCUUUGUUGACUCUAUUUGAGUUGUCAGAAAGUGAUAGAAAGUUGCCGCGUGGGUCAUUAUCGAAAGAGAAAGUUGCUUGUCAAUAUCACAAACAACCAAAAUGGUGGGAGAAGUGAAGGGGGACUAAUUGGCCGAUACCAAACUCCUGACCUUGCGUCUCUGCUGUGUUGAAGAUUUGGACUUUCUCGCUCCGUCUAUGCUGGGACACAUCGCACGCGUCCACCACAUGGCCUGCUGCCGCUAAGUUGCCAUGGCAACCGUAGCUCCUGACGACUGCCCCGACACGGCAGAACGCUGUCGAGUGAGGAAGAGGAGGGUGGAGGGGAAAAUGAGGAAGAACUUCUCCUGUCAGCUGUGUGAGAAGUCCUUCAACAGCUUGGAGAAGCUGAAGGUCCACUCGUACUCUCACACGGGGGAGCGGCCUUACCGCUGCACUCACAACGACUGUAGCAAGGCUUUCGUCUCCAAGUAUAAACUGCUACGGCACAUGGCCACACACUCGCCAGAAAAGACACACAAGUGCAGCUACUGCGAGAAGAUGUUUCAUCGUAAAGAUCACUUGAAGAAUCACCUCCACACGCACGACCCCAACAAGGAAGCCUUCAGCUGCACAGAAUGCGGCAAGAGCUACAAUACCAAGCUGGGCUUUCGGAGACAUCAAGCCCUGCACGCCGCCCACCGCGGAGACCUCACCUGCCAGGUGUGUUUGCAGCCGUACCCAACCACCCCCCUGCUGCUGGAGCACCUGCGCGGCCACGCCGGGAAAAGCGCCACCACCGCUAAGGAGAAACGCCAUCAGUGCGAACAAUGCGAGAGGCGCUUCUACACCCGCAAGGACGUGCGACGGCACUCGGUCGUGCAUACGGGGCGCAAGGACUUCCUGUGCCAGUACUGCGCCCAGCGGUUCGGCCGUAAAGACCAUCUCACUCGCCACGUCAAGAAGAGCCACGCUAACGAUCUGCUGAGGGUUAAGGCGGAGCCCGUAGACUUGAUGGAGCCGCGCUCCUCGCCAACAUUAAGGUAUCCCAUUGGUCACGCUUCAUACUCGCCGCCGCAGCCCUUGAGGGCGGAGCUUGAGAGUUACCUCCUCGAGCUACAGGCCGAGGACGCUCCCAAGUUGAGCGCCUCCGCCACGGCGACCGGAGAUACGUCCUCAUCCCUGGACUUCCUGUCGCCGCUCUUCAACUUUCUGCCUUACAGCCAAGGGGCGGGGCCUGCUUUGGGAGUGCCUUACAGCCAGGAGGAGGGGCUUCCGCUAACCACGCCCAUGCAAGACACACCAGAGUCUCUCAGCCUCCUUCACACACUCCAAACGCAAACCAGCGCGCUCGCUCCGAAUUACACGCAUCCACCAUCUCUCAAUACAACCACCACUCUGCCUCGCUUUCACCAGGCCUUCCAGUAACCCAAACUAACUGUAGCACUUAAUUGCAUUUGUAAUCACCUUAGCCCUUAAACUUAAACCAAUUUCCGCCAAUGCAACGUUCACCUUACUCAAGCCAGUAUCACUUUAUGUAGGAUCAUGAUUUUGAGGAUAGUGGAGGAUACCAAACGUCACCGACAACUGUAACUAAAAGUGAAAUACACUGUUUUUGUGUGUUUUUAGCGGUUUGCAGUGAAAUUUUGCUCACAAAUCGUCCGUCGGAGAGUGCAUAGCUUUUAAAGUCCUCUCAUUAGCACUUUGAACUUCUAGUGAUGUUGAAGUUCCAUCAAAGCUAAAAGAUAUUGUCGAAUGUUAAAAGUUCUGCUCUGUUUAUUUGUUUCUGUGGCUCAUAAACUGUUUGUUACCGAACUACCAGCAUUUUAGUGACCGUGUCACAACUCUUCACAGCCAAAGGCAACCAGACCCCUCGUAGAUAAAGGCAGGAAGGCUCAUCUCGUUACGUUUUUAUUUCCUUUCAGAUUUGUCGUAUUUGUUUUUCAUGUUUGAUGCUGCUGCUCAUCGUAAGAGCCUCAACGGAUACCAGCACAGAACUGCUUCACAAUACAAAGCAACAAAGGGAAAGAUGGACAAUCUCUAUCUCUUUCACACGCACACACUCGUUCAUCCUUUUCAAACAUUUUUAAUCCUCAUCCACCAGAAUGCUGGCUGUUGCACUGAUCAAAGCUAUCAAUGAAACAAUCCAAUUCAUAUCAUCAUCAUCUUUGCUGUGUCAUUUGAAGCUCCAAAACCUAAUCUGUGACAGACCCUGUCGUGACACACUGCUCUGAAGAAAACAUUCGGCUUGAGGAUCUUGAAUUGAAAGUCAAAUCUAUGAAUGUUUGCCAUGAAGCGAUUAUCAUUGAAAGUUCACACACUGAAGCUGUCGACUGGUACAGUUAGAUACUGUAGUCGAAUAGAAACACCUCAAUCGCUCAACCCAGUAUCACGAAAUUACUUAGCUAUAGUCACGUGUUUUCCAUGACACUGAAACGUUUUUCCGCCUUUUUGAGUGAACAUGUCAUGUAUUUCUGUUUGGGUUUCACUGUCACGUAUACUGUUUUUCCUAUUUUCUUACCAUUGUCGCUUCGCUUCAACAUCCUUACCCAAACCCAACUCUAACCCUAAUGCCAGGCACAAUAGUUUAAAAAUCAUAAAAUAUAAAAAAUAAAUCAUGAAAAAAAGGUUGAAAUCAAAACUUAAAGCAAGUUUUUUUUCCUAAAAAUAAUGUUUCCAAAAAAGUUUCAGUCGUUCAUCCAUUCGAAACGGGGUGAAUGACACUUUCACAUUCGCUUUGCAGCCCUCUAUCGGCCAAAACCGCACUAAAAGAAGUUUCCAACCGUCGGGUCGCGGUCCUGUAGUUCGAGUGAAAAUGACAAAAACUUGCUUUACGGCAGACCUACAAUCCAAUCAGAGCCAGCUAUGCUGCAGUAUUUACGACAGUGGUAAAAGACAAUUAUGCUUCUAACCUGUAGGGGGAGCAAAGAGCAAAAACUCUUUAGUGUUGCUUUAAAGUGACAUUCUAACGCAAACACCAAAUCUAACCCUAAACCGAAGCGUCAAUGGUUUGAAAAUAGGACAAAACAGUUGAGUAACAAAUACGUGACAGUGAAACGUUAACAGAAAUACGAGACAUGUUCAGGUGGAAAAACGUGUCAGUGUCACGGAAAAGACUCAUAAUUACAUAAUUACGUGAUACAGGGUUGCAUCGCUUUAAAAAACACAUCUUUAUCUUUAAGUCCUCUGAAAGCAGAUCUGUGUGUAUAUGGGCUCAAAGUUUGGGCUUUUUCGAUUGAUUUCCUCAGAAGCUGAAGGUUGUUAAGCUUAAAAUGUUCGGAAAGCCUCCGUUUUCGGGCAUGUUUCAUAAUAGCACUUUCAGAAAAAUAAUAUGCUUUUAUUUGGUCAUUUUAUUUUUGUUUUUUUGUGAAAGUAACUCUUUAUAAAUGUUUUAGAUGUCAUAUUUAGCUCUUUAGAAGAUUUUUAGUAUAUAUAAAUAUAUAUUUACACAAUGCUAUAUGUGUGAUAUUUUUACAGGUACACUUCAUACAGUGUUUUCGUUUUGUUCCUUUGCUUUAUUGCACAAAAUAUCAAACUGUCAGCAUCUCUCAGCCAAACGGAGAAAGACAGUUGAAUUCAUCCAACAUCACCUUCGGCAAGCACUUACUCCAUUUAUACACAAGGUUUCAGUAUUGACACAAUCGUGUCGAACUAUAUGUGGCCCAGUUGGCCCGCAACCAUGAGAUCCUCUGAAAGAGUGAUGCCAUUCAUUUAUAUUGCUGCUGAAUCAUGGACUUGUAUUGUGAAUCUACAGGAUUGAACUUUAUCAUUGGGAGCCACAACUUUUAUCAACGUUUCAUAUUCAUUGGUACCAUCACAACACAGUGUGUCUGAUUGUUUGUGUGUUUGUGUGUGAAUGCGUAAGACUUGACACUCCUGCAAUAAAUCUGUUGGAUAAUGCUGCUAAUGGACAGUGUAUAGCCCCUGAUGGAGCAACAGACCUUCUCUCCUCUCUUUUGCUAACAUUUCAGACUGUUUUUAAAAAAGUUGUAAAUGUGUGCGUGUGUGUUUGGGGGUUACGCGAGCCAUAUUGUUUAUGUUUUUGUAAUAUGGUGCAACUAUUGGAUGUCACCGGAGCAUGGGGAGGACCGUGAAGGUACUGACCUAUGACCUAAGACUGAGGAGAGAGAGAGAGAUAAAACAGACAGACAGCAUUCCAGCCAUAAUGAUGUGUGACAUUGUGUUGUUUUAAAGUCCCUGUAAUACUAUCCUGUGAUAAUGGCUUGCUAUUGCUAAUCAUGUAUAUUUUACUUUAAUGUCUUUUACAAACUACUGUUGUUAGUGUAUAGCCGAAGACAGACAGAAUCCUAUAUAUCUAUGUGUUUGUGUGUGAUUGUGUGACGUGUGUGAACGCAUUGAUUCCAUCAUCAAAACCUGCUGCCACAGCCUAUCAUUCGUUUUGUCCCCUACUGAUGACAUCAUCCAAAGAGAAAGUUAUUUAUUUACUGGCUACUUGGGUCAGGUUUAUGUUAAGGAAAGUGAAUGGCAGGCUGUUGGCAGUUGUGUGUGUGUGCGUGUCGAGAGUUGUGUGUUUGUGUGUGUAUUCAGACGACCUUUGCUGCUAUGUGAGGAGAGGAGAGAUUUGGUCCAGUGUUAAUACUGUCCACAGUACUGAAUGAUCAAUAAACAUACAAGAAGGACUCACUUUA